UAUAGACACCACGCUGCAAUUCACACUCUUUACCACUGAGCGGAAACUUGUUUAGGAGAAGCUCUUUAUUUCUAUCAUUUAAACGCAAACCGGAACUGUUUAUUUAAACAGGAAAUAAUGAAGACUGCCCUGACUCGCUAGUGAUGAAUAAUCAUUGAUCAGCUGAGUACGUAAUUCCGCUCAGAGUAGUUUUGCUUGGAGUAAACCGUAGUUAUUCGUUAAAUUCUCCCUUUAGCUGGCAGCCUAGCUAAACAUGGGGAAGUCGUUUGCAAAUUUCAUGUGUAAGAAGGAUUUUCAUCCUGCAUCAAAGUCCAAUAUAAAGAAGGUAUGGAUAGCGGAACAGAAACUAACUUUCGAGAAGAAGAAACAGGAGGAUCUGAUGCAGGCGUACCUGAAAGAACAGGAAACCUACAACAACAGAUUGUUGAUGGGUGAUAAUCGUGUGAAGAAUGGCCUGAACUUUAUGUACGAGGCACCGCCGGGGGCAUCGAAAGAGGAGACAAAGGAGGAAGGAGAAGCAGAAUACAAGUUUGAAUGGCAGAAAGUUGCCCCUCGUGAGAAAUAUGCAAAGGAUGACAUGAAUAUCAGAGAUCAGCCCUUUGGGAUUCAGGUACGCAAUGUGAGGUGCAUCAAGUGUCAUAAAUGGGGGCAUGUGAACACGGACAGAGAGUGCCCUCUUUUCGGCCUGUCUGGGAUCAACGCCAGCUCGAUGGCCACCGGUGAGGCAGGCCCGUCCAUGCACCCCUCGGAGCUGAUGGCGGAGAUGCGGAACAGCGGGUUCGCACUGAAGCGGAGUGUGCUGGGCAGGAACGCCACUGUUUGCGACCUGCCGCAGGACUUUGUUGCCAGCGAAGACGAAGAAGACCCAGAGGUUGAAUUUCUGAAGUCUCUGACCACCAAACAGAAACAGAAACUCCUCAGGAAACUGGAUCGUUUGGAGAAGAAAACCAAGAAGAGAAAUAAAAAGCAGAAGAAGAGUAAGAAGAAAAAGAAGAAGAAGGGGAAGGGCAAGCGGGAGAGGAAGACCGAGAGCAGCGAGUCCUCCAGCGACUCGGACUCCGGCGGGAAGCGCAAGGCCGGCGGGCAGACGGGGGGGCGGGACUCCUCCAGCGACAGCAGCAGCUCGGACAGCGAGAGCGAGGCGGAGCGCGGCGGGCAGGGGAGGCGGCCUCCCAAACUCGCAGGCAGGAGUCAGAGCGGGGAGGACAGGAGCGAGCAGAGAGGGGGGCGGAGCGCCGAGGAGCCCAGACAGGAGAGACGCGGGCGGCACACCGCGAGAGAGAGCAGCCGCAGCGUGGAGAGAGAGGGGGAGAGAAAGGAGAGGGACAGGGACGGGGAGAGGGCGACGUAG